AUGUCGUUUCCAUUUUGUUUUUCUUUUGAUUUCAAUUUGUCUCUCUUCUUAUUUUCUUUUUUUUUAUCUUUUCACUUUUAUUUCAAUUUGCCUUCUUUUUCUUCUCCUCCUCCUCCUUUUGUUCUUGUUCGUCUUCUUCUUUUGAUUUCAGUUUUCCUCUCUUCUUUUUCUUCUUCCACUGCUCCUUUUGAUUUCAGUUUACCUCUUUUUUCUUCUUCUUCAUCUACUUCUUUUGCUUCUUUUCUCCUUUUCCUUCUUCUUCUACUUCUUUAUCUUCUUUUCCUUUUGAUUUCAAUUUGCCUUUCUUCUUUUUCUUCUUCUCUUCUUUUAGAUUUUAAUUGGCCUCUUUUUUCUUCUUCUUUGACUACUACUACUACUAGUAGUGAUGCUGCUGCUGCUGCUGCUCCUACUGCUACAACUACAUCUUUUUUACUUUUUCUGCGUCGUGUUUACAAUUUUAGAAGCAUUUAUUCUCCUUUUCGGUACCUUGUCCUUUACCAGACACAUAUAUCUCUCUUUAUCGCGGUCGCUUGGCAUUAUUUGUUUAUAUCACAAAACAUAAAUACAUUGUCAACUUGGCCAAUCACUCGGUCGGCCCUCCCUCGUCUUUUCUCUCCCCCUUCUGUCUGCAUAUCAAAAUACUACUCUUUAUUGUCUCUUUUUUUUUUCUUUGUCUUCCUUUCCAAUACUCUAUCUACGCGCCCCUCUUCUCCAACACCACCUUUUUUUCCCCAUUCAUUUCUGCUAGUUAUCUAUCUAUCUAUCUAUCUAUCUAUCUAUCCGGUAAUUUAUAAAGCGUCACUGAAUUAUCUAUCUAUCUAUCUAUCUAUCUAUCUAUCUAUCUAUCUAUCUAUCUAUCUAUAG